AGGAGCGGCAGUCACAGGCGGACCGCUGGCGCUGAGCGCGGGCGCGGGGCCGCUACGUGCGCGGGGUGCGCGGGGCUGCGCUCGUGCGCUCGUGCGCUCGUGCGCUCGUGUGCGCUCCCGCCUCCGCCGCCGCCACCGCCACCGCCGCGCGCCUUUGAGUCAGCAAACUCCGCGGCCCGCAAGCCUUGCCUGGCCCUGCCCUGCUCUGCCCAGAGGAGUCGCCCAUUGAUCGUGUCCUGUGCUGAAAAUGUUUCCGGAACAACAGAAAGAGGAGUUUGUAAGUGUCUGGGUUCGAGAUCCUAGGAUUCAGAAGGAAGACUUCUGGCAUUCUUACAUUGACUAUGAGAUAUGUAUUCAUACUAAUAGCAUGUGUUUUACAAUGAAAACAUCCUGUGUACGAAGAAGAUAUAGAGAAUUCGUGUGGCUGAGGCAGAGACUCCAAAGUAAUGCAUUGCUGGUACAACUGCCAGAACUUCCGUCUAAAAACCUAUUUUUCAACAUGAACAAUCGCCAACAUGUGGAUCAGCGUCGCCAGGGUCUGGAAGAUUUCCUCAGAAAAGUCCUACAGAAUGCACUUUUGCUUUCAGAUAGCAGCCUUCACCUCUUCUUACAGAGCCAUCUGAAUUCAGAAGACAUUGAGGCGUGUGUUUCGGGGCAGACUAAAUACUCUGUGGAAGAAGCAAUUCACAAGUUUGCCUUGAUGAACAGACGUUUCCCUGAAGAAGAUGAAGAAGGAAAAAAAGAAAAUGAUAUAGAUUAUGAUUCAGAAAGUUCAUCCUCUGGGCUUGGACACAGUAGUGAUGACAGCAGUUCACAUGGAUGUAAAGUAAAUACAGCUCCACAGGAAUCCUGAAAAAUAAUUCUAAUGUUACUAUCUUAGGAACAGCAAAUUAUGUCCAGUCAUAGAGAAGAUAGCUUCGUAACAAUAUAUUCUUACCUAAAGCUCACUGUCAUGAUGUUAGGUAUUUAAAUUCUUAAAGAUGUUGGGUUGUUUAUUAAUGGUAUUUUUAUGUUGUCUUAUUUUAGGUAAGCUUCUGUGUAAAGCUAAAAAUCCUGUGAAUGUAAUACUAUCCUUUAUAGGCAGACAUUAUUGGUAAACAAGAUCUUGCUCUCAAAUGAAAUGACUUACAUGUUAAAAAAAAACCUAGUUAGCUUUAUUGAAUUUAAAAAGAUAGGCAAAUAAGUAGCAUUUAAAAUCAAGAUACAGCAUUUCGUCUUGUAUCAAUGGGGCAGUGUUACCGUAAACACGGCUGUGUAUGUUAUUAACCACUAUGAAGAGUAACAGCAUAGACGAGACUGCCUCUCUCAGACAUGUGGCUGAUAUUUUGUGGAUACCUCCCAUGCACUGGCAAAACACUAUGCUUUUGGGUAUUUGACUGAAUUAUUUUAAGAGUAUUUAACCUUUCCAGUAUUCUGUUUCAUGCUUAGAUGGAAAUGUAUCUUAUGAGUAGAGACAUAUUAAAAUAAUGUUUACAUCUUAGAAAAAAACAUAGAUAGUGCUAGUAAUAUUACUUAUAAUUGCAAUAUACAGAUUCAGAAAGACAUUUUCAUUGUCCAAAAUCAGCUUCACCAAAUGGUUUCUGGAGACAAAUCGUUUGUUUUCAUUAUCACAUAAUUAGAACUACAGGUUAAUGAUUUAUUUUCUGACUAAAUGUGCAAUUUCUUAUCACUAGAUAACUUUCAGUAUCAGUGGUGGUUACUUAUUACUUAAAUCAGAGGAAGGAUCUUAUAAAAAUUAAUUUUACCAAUAAAUAUUCCCAUAAUUUAGAAAAGGAUGUCAACUUGCUAAUUUCAGGAAUAUGCAUUAAAAAAGUCCUUUCUUUUAAAGCAUCCACUUGAAGACUAGUAUAAUUUUAUAAAAUGUCUUUUUUUUUUUUUUCCUAAGGUAUCUUAGAUAAACUGUUUUGAACUUCAGAUUUCAGAUAAGGCAGAAUUUUUGUGAGAUAAUUACCCAAGUUUCUUCCAUGUCGAAUGGUACAAAAUAUUUCUGUGAAACUAACAAAAAGAUAUUUUCAGAUAAGUAGGACAACUUGUUGCUUUAAUUAAAUGUAACCCAGCCUAACUGGAGAGUGGCCAGAGCUGCUACAAAAAGCAACCUUCUCAUUUUCACUAGGAAUUUAAAAGUUAUUGUAUUAUUAAAAAGUCUUUACAAUGCUUGUUUCAAAGAACCAGCAGAAAAAAAAGCUAACAAAACUAAAAACUAACAUUAAAAAAAUUAAAUUCAGAAUAAGAAUGAUUUCUUUAAUUUGUCCUUUUUUCUUUGGUCUAAAACAUUAUUAAAUUUUGGUAAAUAUUUUGAUUUAAUGUGUCUUAGAUCUUCAUGAUUUUAAUACAGGAAAAGAAAAUAUUUAGCAAUUUCUUAUCAUGCUAGUAUGUAGAGUUUGUACCAUCCAGGCAUUUAAGAGCGAUCCUUAUCCUUUCAGCAAUAUGUAUUUGAGUUGACAUUUGUUUUACAGCUGUUUUGAAAAACACAUACUGUGCCACCAAUUGUCAUAUUAUUUUUAGAUAAUGUAUCAUAGCCAUCAAAGUUAAUAUUAAGUAAUGCCUAAUAUUUGGUAGGUAAAUGUCAUGAGUUCAUCAUUUUUACAUUAAACGUGAAAAAAAUUCAA